AUGAACGCGACGGGCCAGCUGCGGGCCGCCCUCAACGCCACGCCGCGGGCGCUGCCCUCCCCCGGGCCCGCCGGGCCCGCCGCCGCCCCGCCGGGGGCCCGCGACACCGUCCACCCGGCCACGCUGGCCGGCUGCACCGUCCUGCUGGCCGCCACCUUCGGGCUGGGCUCCUACGGCAACCUCGUCGUCUUCUCGUCCUUCUUCGACCCGGCCUUCCGGAGGUUCCGCACCCACUUCGAUUUCCUGACCCUGAGCCUGUCCCUCUGCGACCUGCUGGUCUGCGGGGUGACGGCGCCCAUGCUGGCCUUCGGCCUGCUGGCCGAGGCCGCGGCGGCGGGCGUCCCCGGCGCCUUCUGCCUGGCCUUCCACCUGAGCGGCUCCGGCUUCGUCCUGGUGUCCCUGAAGACGGUGGCGGUCAUCGCCCUGCGCCGGCUGCGCGUGGUGCUGGGCCGGCAGCCCGACCGGCCGGCCUCGCUCCCGGCCGCGCUGCUCCUCGCCCUGGCGCUCUGGGCCGCCGGCUUCACCCUGGCGGCGCUGGCCACGCUCCGGCCCGCCCGCUCCCGCCCCUGCCUGCCCCUGGCCGGCCCGGCGGGCGGGGAAGGGAGGACCGUCCUCUGCCUGUACGCCGUCGACUUCGCCCUCUGCGUGGCCGUGGUGUCCGUCUCCUACGUGACCAUCGGCCGGGCCCUGUGGAGGAACGCCCCGGGGCGGAGGGGCCCCCCGGGCCCGGCCCCGGGGGGCGCGCGGAGGCCCGGCCAGGCCUCCCACCGGAACCCGAACUACGACCGGCUGCGGCCGGCCUCGGCGGCCGCGCUGGCCCCCGCCAAGGACUCGCGGGCGGUGCUGACCUGCGUGGUCAUCGUGCUGUCGGCCCUGCUCUGCUGCCUGCCCCUGGGGGUGGCCUUGGCGAGGGCCGCGUGGAGCGGGGGCGGGGGCGGCCUCCUCUACCAGUUGGAGCUGUGCGGCUUCACCCUGGCCUUCGGCAAGUCGGGCCUCAACCCCUUCAUCUACUCGCGGAAGAGCUCCGGCCUGCGGCGGAAGGCGCUGGGCUGCCUCCGGGCCCUGCCCCCGGGCUUCUGGGCCCGCUGCCGCCGCCACCGCCACCUCUGCUGCUGCCGCCGCCGCCACAGGACCCGCCUCCGCGCCCUGGGCAAGGGCAGCCUGGACGUCAACAGGAACAAGUCGUCCCACCACGAGACCAACUCGGCCGGCGUGCUGUCUCCCAAAUCCCGGGACGCCGGCCCGAGCCCCGGGGCCUCCGCCGGCCCCGGGCCCCCGGGGCCCGGCAGCUCGACGCCCAGCGACACGCGCGUCGAGCCCUUCUACGGCGUCUCCGACGGCAGUCCCUCGCGCCAGGCCGGGGCCCCCGACGGCCAGCCGUCCGCCGCCUCCGCCUUGGGCUCGGCCCGGCCGCUCGCCGCCGUGGACCACGGGCCGGACGACGGCACCGCCGCCGCCGCCGAGCUGGGGGCCGUCCCUUCCGUCUGA